UUUACUGCAACAAAAAAAAAAAAGAAAGAAAAAGUGAGGAUACUCAUCAGUGGGGCAUUUGAUCGAACAGGUGACGUACCUCAAGUGUGGCGGCGUGGUGCUGGGCACGGCGAUGCACCACACCGUCAUCGACGCGCGCAGCGCCUUCCACUUCAUCUCCACCUGGUCCGCCAUCGCGCGCGGCGGCGGCGGCGCCGACCUCCCCCCGCCCCCCUUCCUCGACCACACCCUCCUCCGCGCCCGCUCCCCCCCCGUCGUCCUCUUCGACCACCCCGAGUACAAGCCCACCCCUAACCCUAACCCCAACCCUAAUCCUAAUUCAAGCCCCAACCCCAACCCUUCGUCGACCCCCGCGCCCUACGCCAGCGCCAUCCUCAGGCUCUCCCAGGCCCAGGUCGACGCCCUCAAGGCGCGCUGCUGCUGCGGCGGCGGCGGCGGCGGCGGCGCGCGGGUGUCGGCGUUCCGCGCGAUCGUGGCGCACGUGUGGCGGUGCGUGUGCGCCGCGCGCGGGCUCGCGCGCGGCGCCGAGACGCGGCUCUACACGAUGGUCGACGUGCGCGCGCGCCUCGCCCCGCCGCUCCCCCCCAACUACUUCGGCAACGCCGUCCUCCGCACCUCCGUCGCCGCCGCCGCCGGCGAGCUCGCCGACGCCCCGCUCGGCUCCGUCGCCCGCCGCCUCCGCGCCGCCACGAGCCCCGGCGACGACUACGCGCGCUCCCUCGUCGACUACCUGGACGCCGUCGACAUGGAUCGGCUCCCCCGAAGUGGGUUACCGGGAAACGACUUACGCGUCAUCAGCUGGAUGGGCAUGUCCAUUUACGACGCCGACUUCGGCUGGGGCGAGCCCGUUUUCAUGGGCCCCGCGCUCAUGUACUACGCCGGCUUCGUGUACUUGAUGACCAGCCCCGGUAAAGUCGGCGGCGUAUCCGUCGCCGUCUCCUUGGAGCCCGACACGUUGCCGACUUUCAAGAAGCUGCUCUUCCAGGAGCUCGGAGGGGUACAAGGGUAAAUUCAUAAAGCCAAUUAUUAAUAUAUAUAUUUAUAUUUAUAUAUAUAUAUCUAUAUAUCCCCUAAAACUGGAAUUGCAUUUCCAUUUCCUUUUUUUACUUGGGUUUUUGUUUUUGUUACUCGAGUAAAGAGUCGUUCCCGAUGACGACGGACCAUCUGAAUCGACGAUCGGCGCCGCUGAAUAUAAUCUGUCAUAGCAGGUUAAUUUAUUACGAUGAUAAUACAGAUCUUAUAAUAUUUAA